UAAUUCAUAAGGUCAUUGUGGCUUAUGUCAAAUGUGAUCCGAGUAGGGGUUUAAAUAUUUUAUUUUCAAACGCUUUUGAUAGUAAUCGAACAUGCGUUGAAAGAACUCACUGUACAAAAUGAAGUAGAAAAAAAACCUACACGAGAUUACUCUGGAUUUUUUAUAACAGCCAGUUAUCGUACAUUUGUAUAAAGAAAUAAUAAUUUAUUAAUGUAUUGAAUUAUUUACAGAAGCUGAGAAAAUAAAGAUGGAAUUUAUCGAUACAAAAGCUUCACCAGAAUAUGCUCUACAGUGUAUUAAAUGGUGCAUAGAAAAUCUGGAAUCAAAAGCUUUAGAGGAACAUCUCAAACUACACAAACAUCUUCUCAAAGCUGAACUCGUUUCUUUGUUGCUCGAUGUUUUUGCAAAGGGCAAGGUUCAGUGUAUGAAGCUAAUGCUGUCUGCAAUGGACCAGGAUAUUAGGAUAGCAAACCGCCAAAAAGACAAUGUAUAUUUACUGCAUAAGUUGCUAUGUAGUGCAGUGAAAAUAGGAGACAACGAUAUAGUUAAAGACCUAAUUGAUAAAGGUGCUAAUGUGAAUGGAUUGUUCAAUGGAAAGCCAAUCUUGCACUUAGCAGCUAGUUACGGAUUUACGGACGUUGCUGCAUAUUUAGUUAAAGCAGGAGCAGAUAUACACAGUGUUGACAAACGGGGAGAUAAUGUUAUACAUUCAAUUAUAUCAUCUAAACUCACGAACAAGGCUGAUACAAUAAGGCGAGUUGUUUCAAUUGGUGCAAACCCUCUAGUCAAGUCUUCUGCAGGAAGAUUGCCAAUCCAUCUUGCCGCAAAGGAUGCACCAGAGGUUCUAGUUGAACUUAUACGAGACGGACUAGACGUCAAUGUGCCUGAUGAUAUCAAUAGUGACACCCCUCUGCACAUUGCUUGUAGUGCCGCCUGUCGUGAAACUAUUUUGACUCUCAUACAGUCUGGAAGUCGCUUUAAUGCAGAAAAUCUCAAAGGACUAACACCUUUAGCAAAAUUACUCCAAUAUACACACAAUGAUCACGACUUUCAUACAAAAACAAGGCUUAGUAUAGCAAAGGAGCUUACUUCUAUUGGAUUUCGAAUGUGCCAUCCUCGUCGAAAACAGACGUCACAUUCAUCCUGCAGCAGACGAGACAAAUCUUACGAUAGAUAUCACGCGAUCAAAUUGUCUCUGAAAUCACCACCGCGUUUACAAAGUAUCACCCGAUUGACUAUUAGAGAAUCGCUUACUCAUGGAAGAUAUGUGCAAAAAGAGAUUGAUAAUCUGGAACUUCCAUUCCAUUUGAAAUCGUUUAUCAUGUUUAAAGAUAUGAGAUUUUAAAUGGGUAUUUCUGAAAUUCGGGAUAUAUAUUUGAACGAAAUGUGAAAUAACAAUGACAGAAUCUCGAGUAUUUCUUAAUGCUAGUCAAAAUGAGUGUUGUUGCAUAUGCCUUAUACUUGAAGUCUUACAUAUGACACUAGUCAAUUACAAAUGUAGAAUCUCACGUUAAAUUAUUUUAUACAAUGCUUUUUAGUAAUAUGUAAAAUUCUCACUGCCACGGUUGUGCUAUGAUCACAUUUGCUAGUCUACGUGUUUUAUUGUUAAUCAAUUCAUAUUUUAUUAUAUCAAUACUAUUAUAAUAGUACUCCAUAUAGGGUCUUUUUUGUCUCUCAACAAAAUGUAUAUUGAUGGUCUAUUUCUAUUUCAUUUAACGUUUUGUUCAAAUAUUUGCUGCCAGAAUAUUGUUUUCAAUAUUUGCUAGUCAAAUUCAGGUGAAUGUAUGAUUUAAAAAAGUCUUUUUGAUAUUAAGAAUAGACAUUGAAGAGGCGCCUUUUAAAUUUCAAUACUAUCCUUGUUAUUUAAAAAAAUUGUCUUUUAAUUUUGCAAAGGUUUCGUUAAGCAAGCCUUCAACCUUUUUAGUAGCAUUUUUCAAAUUUGUAUGAACAUGAUGACAAAUAUAAGAAAAUAUAUAAGAAAAGAUCCAAGAGUGUGUUAAUUUCUGUAUUUAUUAGAAAUAAAUUAUCUGAAAGAAUAACCACAUAAAUCUAUAACCAUGAGAUUAAAUGUCUGUAUGAUAUUGCGUAUGUCUGACAAUUAGUCAUCAAUAUUUGCACAUGACUUUGCGGGUUGUAAUCUGUCGUUGAUCUUUACCUCUGUAAUGACAAGCAAACUAUAACCACAAGACAUGCUAGAAGUUAGUGACUGAAGAACAAUUAAGUUAAACAGAUUUGUUAAUACUACUGAGUUAUUAGACAAAACGGUUUAUAUUUCACCACAGGUUUAUACGAAAAUUUAAAAUCACAUUUGCUUACAUAUAUACCAACAGUACUACAACAUCUCAUUUGCACUGACAUUAAUCAAAUUAAGAUACUUCUUACAGUCACCAAAAGCUUCAACAGUUUAAUUUGAUUCAACUCCCCAUUUAACUUAAAAAUGUAUAUCUAUUGGUGUUGUACAUUAUCAUUUAUUAAAAGCAUAAAACAUCGUUACUUCAGACAAUGGCAUGAACUAAUGUUUCAAAUGAAAAAAAUAUAAAUGAAUAUCAUUUGUCAAAUAUUUAAUUAAAUGCAAACUUACAACCUGUAAAAAGACAUGAAAAAUCGAACGUCAAGAAAUAUCACCAGACACAAAACGAACAUGUUGACUCAAUUGGUUUUCUUUCCACUUAAAACACAUUAGAAAUAUAUUGCUCUUGUCUUAUACAAGAUUAAUAUCAUACUUCAUACUUAUACUAUCUUUCAAAGGCACUUCAAAAUAACUUCAAUAUGAACGUUUAUAUGCAACCAAACUUUCCUGUUCUUUAGCCUAUAAUAAGAUUGUUUGCGAAGUCAAUUGAAGAGUGCAAAGUACAACUAAGUUCAUGUUUUACGUUGACUUUUUAGAGUUUGAACAUUAUAAUAGCCGUUUUUUUCUUUUUGGUAUUGAAAUCAUAUAUAUCUCAAGAUGUCAAUUUUGUAAAAGCACUACCUUGGAAAUGUUCUUGGUUCAUUUCAAAGUUAUAUAUUUUCAAAUUAAAGCAUUUAGUAUAAACGCAAUUAUUGUCGUAUGUAUUAACAUAUUUAUUAAAAGUUCACAUACAUUAUCAAAUCAUACAAUACAGUAAUAUAUCUUUGUGCUCUACAAAUAAUGAUGUCAUAGUUACUGAAUAAAAAAAAUCACGUCCAAGUGUUUGUAUGUAUU